UGGUUUAUGGACUUUCAACGUUUCCAGGAAGGUUCAAAAAUCUUUGCCAGCCAAAAGCUUUGGUAUGCAAAACAGUAUACAACAUUGUGUAGGUAAAAAUUCGUUACUGUUGGUCUAGUCUGUUUUGAACACAGAGCUUAAAAAACCUGCGAUAACUAAGUAGUCGACGUACACCUUAUCUAUGACCUUAUGAUAUUAAAUAAUUUUAAUAUUCAAUGACAUAAUAAACAAAGUCUUAUAUAUAUAUAAAAGGUUACAAAGUGUAAACGCUCAUAUUUAGUGAGAAGGUGAUCUCUAAACUAAUCAACAUGAAACUGUACGUUGUGCUUUUGUGCAUUGCUGUUGUUUACGCCGAAGAAAAAGAAUCUUCGUCAGAAGAACUUGAUCUUGACUUCCUGGAGAAGUUUUUUUCAUUCAAGGGCAAUAAACAUAUGAAAGAUGCUCGUGAUAUUUUCAAUAAGACCCAAGAGAAAUGCCCAAACCUAAAAACAGACGCCGAGGAUGUUUUGAAAAAAGUUGGAGAAUGUGUUGUGAAAAUAGAAAUGGGAUCUAAGACAAUCUGUCAAGUAAUCAAGGAAAAAAUUCCAAAAUGUUCCAAACCAAUUAUAGAUCUCAUAACGCCUUGCGUCGAAGAACAACAUCAGUAUCUGGUACGUCUCACAUUCAAGAUGGUCCAAGCGUUGAUGGAUCAGGCCUGCAACUCAACUGUUGAGGAAUUAUUAGGUUGGUUUUAUAUCGGGUUUUCCAAUAGGGACUUGACAACUUUGAUCUUUCACUGUGAACACACCGUUAAAUCAACUACCGAACUGUCAAUGUCAAAAUAUUCAGUAAAGAAAACGUUUUCAUUACGAACGAACAACGCUUACAAAUAAUUAAAGUUUACUACCGAAAUUUCGAAUCGGUGACUGCGUUAACGAUAACUUUUGGUCGUAAUUCUCGUCUCAGCAGACAAGUAAUUCAUAGUCUAGUAAAAAAUUGAGUCCACAUAUUCGGUGCUGGAUGUUCCCGUGCCAGUCAGGCAACGGGUUGGUCGAAGUACCGAGAAUAUUGCUGCCGUUCCACUUUCCGUCGCAAACGAACAGAACACGUCGCGAAUUUUGCGAAGAAAUCUUGGCCUGCACUCUUAUAAGAUCAAGUUAACUCAAAAACUAAAGCCGUUCGAUCAUAUGAACUGACGUCGGUUCUCGAUUUGGUCUCUAGAAAUGUUGCAAGAAAAUUAUCACUUUCAUCUC